UUGUUUCACGAGGGCCUCGUGGGAGGGCCCUUCAUAUCCGCUCGGCCUAUCUAAAACGAGAAGCUGCUUUCUCUUUCCUGCGUCCACCAGUCUUCUAGCUUAUAUGGUUGCGGUUCUGAGCGCGGCGCAUCGCGCGACCAACCUUUGAACCGAACCACCAUGGGGAUCAACACCGAGAGCGUGCAGCAGAAACUCGAGUCGACGAUCUUCGUCAAACUCAACUCGUCGGGCCACCCGUAUGAGGAGCACUACGUAGCCCAUAUCAAGGUAUGGGAGGCUGGGCAGGAUGGCAGAGGGAAGAAAUCACGGUACAUCGUCUUGUCUCAGGCAAGCGAUGGAUCGGGCUUCAUUCACAAAGCAAAAUUCAACUGCAACGGUGCGUUCUCUGUCGGAAAGACAUGGAGGAUUGAAGAGCUCCGGGAAAUCGAAGUCAUCAACUCGCUGUCGUUUGAGAUCACUCCGAGCGCUACAACAUAUCGUUGGCAGGCGGACAACGCCCGAGACCAGACAAAAUUCAUCACCUCCCUCAUCAGACUGUUCAAAUUCGUUACAGGAGGCACAGUGCCAUUACGGCUGAUCGGGGUAAAGGAUCCGGAUAGCCAUGGGUCGUGUAUGUAGCAUCGUCCACCAUUGAGUUCGUCGAACGCAGCCAAAUUAACGGCGCAUGGUGAAGCUCCCAAAGCUCCGCCUUCUAGUUACAGAUCGCCGCAGAUGCAGGAAAUCCUGGUGCACAACAAAGCCGUACUCGCACAGGGCAGAAACAACGCCCAGGGCCACGCCGCGUCCGUCCCUCCUUCGAAACCGCCGGUGGUGAUAUGGAAGCGACCGGUCGCCAUGUCGCCGCUACCUCCCAUACCUGCGUCCCCGGUACCCCCUGUAGCCAUGCGGCAGUGAACGUCGAAGCCAGGCUUCCCUUCUUGCUGUGGACACGCAGACAGGAGUCGGCGUUCGCCAUGCACUUUACCGUAGUUUAUUUUCUAUUAUUUCGGACGGACGACGGAGAUGAAGUUAUCUGUUGCCACAUUGUAUGAUCAGUGUACCUGUACUUAUAGAGAUCCUUGUUCGAAGAUAGUGCAUCGUACUUCGGAG